AAUCAUGUCUAACAAAUCAUUACAAGGUGCUUGUAUGUGUGGUGCUAUUCAAUUCAAAUUGAAAGGUCUACCAAAGAAAUCUGCUAUUUGCCAUUGCUUGGAUUGUCAAAAAUCAGCAGGCAGUGCUUUCCAAACAUCCAGUGUUUAUGCAGCUUCAGAUGUGGAUAUCAUAGACCCUGAAGGCCAUUUGAAGAAAUAUGUCGUGCCUGGUAAUAAAGUAGGUAGUGGCCAUGAAAAGCACAAGUAUUUCUGUGAUGUCUGUGGCUGUCCUGUCUACAAUAUGCCCAUGAAAGAAGAAGGCAAGAUCAUGGUGAUCAAGACAGGUUUGAUUGAUGCGGAAGAAGGCAAAGGUGGUCUUCAUGCUUACAAAGAACUCAAACCUCAAGCUGAACUCUUUACGCGUUCAAGAGCAAACUACCUUAGUGCCCUUAAUAAUGUGGAUCAAUUUGAUACUGGAUUUACACCCACGAAAUAAAG